ACAUAUAUAUUGAAAUAUAUAUAAAUAUAUAUUUGAUUUUGUGUGUAUAUAUAUAUAUGAAGGAGAGGAAAGGGCCUCUACUUCUUACGCUAGCUUGGGGGUGUGACUCAAGUCUUCCAACUCAGACCUGUUUGAGAGAGAAAUCUUGGUUUUUGAAUCCAUCAAUCACGCAAACCGUCCAAAUAUAUAUUUUGCAAAGUCCUUGAGGACUUCUUCGUUUUCUUUCCAUAUUUGUCAAGAAGGCCAAUUUCAUUCUACCAGACAUAGAUUGCUUGAGAAGUUGAGAACGCAUUUGAAUCUGAAGAAAGUCUCUCCUCAUCUUCUACCUGAUCUCUCUGCCAAGGUCUACUCAGAAUCCUAUCAAUAACUUGCUGCGUUCAUCUUCCAAAUUUGGUAAACAAUGGUGCGAGGCAAAACCCAGAUGAAGCGGAUAGAGAACGCCACGAGCCGUCAAGUCACCUUCUCGAAGCGGCGAAGCGGUCUUCUGAAGAAGGCUUUCGAGCUCUCCAUUCUCUGUGAUGCCGAGGUUGCUCUCAUAAUCUUCUCUCCCAGAGGAAAGCUCUACGAAUUCGCAAGCUCCAGCAUGCAGGCAACUUUAGAACGUUAUGAGAAACAUACCAAAGACAACCAAGCGAAUAACAAAUCUGUUGCCAGUGAACAAAAUGUGCAGCGGCUCCAGCAUGAAGCUACUAGCAUGAUGAAGGAGAUAGAGAACCUUGAAGUUUCAAAAAGGAAGCUAUUGGGAGAGAGUCUAGGAGUAUGCACCGUUGAAGAACUGCAAGAAGUAGAGCAACAGUUGGAGAAGAGUGUGAACAGCAUUCGAGCAAGGAAGACUCAGGUUUUCAAGGAACAGAUCGAGCAAUUGAGAGAAAAGGAAAGAGUCCUCACAGCUGAAAAUGAGAGGCUAACUGAGAAGGCAAGAGUCCUCACAGCUGAAAAUGAGAGACUAACUGAGACGUGUGGUGCUAUGCAACUGAGGCAACAAGUAUGUGAGCAGAGAGAAAACUUGGCGUCUAAUGAAAGUAGUACAAGUUCAGACGUUGAGACUGAACUGUACAUUGGACCGCCAGACAGGAGAACAAAGCACUAGCUUUCCCCCUGGUCAGAGAACUGUGCUUGUUAAUACUGUAUCCAAGCCAUGGCUGAUCAGCAGAAAACAUAAAAUGCUUUACUUCUGAAUUAAUUGCAUACUGUUUUGUGUUUGUUCUGUGUUUCAUUCUUGCUCCACUGAUUCAUGGAGUUAUGCAAGGAGUUAACAAGACUAUAGUAGUCUUUUUCAAAUUGUGAUUAAUUAUGAGUUGUAAUUUUGUAUGACUAGAAAAUAUUAUUGCACUACUGUUUCAACAUG